AUUUUUACAAAUUGUAAAACAGAAACAAAUGUAACUAUAAUUAAUACAAACUAUUUUACAACCAAUUUUUUAGGCUCCUAUUGUGUUUUGAAAGGCGAGGUUGUGGCCGGUAGUCGUUGAUUCUGACUUCCGGGAUUGACGGCGCGGCACUAGUGCGGAAGUCCUUUCAUCCAGCGGGAGGAGAGGAAGAGGAGGUAGCUCUUCGUCUCAAACUUUACGCCUGAGCACAACAAACGGUUCUGGGGAGGAAGACUCCGGAGUCCAGGUACAUCCUCUCUCCGACACCAGCAGGUCCUCCGCGGGGCCUAGCUACCCACGGGCGAUGGCGAGGCCGAGCCACAGCGAUCACGUCCUCCAGCAGCUCAACAACCAGCGGGAGUGGGGCUUCCUGUGCGACUGCCUCAUCGCCAUCGGGGACAUCUACUUCCGGGCCCACAAGGCCGUGCUGGCGGCCUGCAGCUCCUACUUCAGGAUGAUGUUCAUCCGGGACCAGCAGGGGGCGGGCCACCUGGACCUGAGCAACAUGCAGAUCAGCGCCGAGUGCUUCGACCUGAUCCUGCAGCUCAUGUACCUGGGCCGGAUCGUGGUGGGCAGCUACGAGUUCGAGGAGCUCAAGGCGUCCAUGGCGUACCUGCAGAUGUACUACAUCCCCGACUCGCUGGAGGACCUCAGGGACAUCCGGAGCUCCAACCUCACCCCGUCCUCCUCGGCCUCGUCGUCUUCCUCCAGUUCCUCCACCGGACUCUCCGGGGGGAAAAUGAUGUUUGGGGUCCGGAUGUACGAGCAGCAGAGGCCUGUGGCUUCUGAGGGCGAGGUUCUGACCAAAGCGGCGGGCGGCGGCGGCGGGGGACGUCCGGCUGUUCCAGCAGCCGUCAGCAGACCCGCAGCCACAGAGGAGGCAGUGGCGGCGGUCGCUCCUCUCGUGGCGGCGCCGUCGGCUGCAGACGGAGCGGCCGAGCAGCCGUGCGACCUGAGGAAGAGGUCCGGGGGCCGGGGCGCCGCCCUGAAGGACCGCCCCCGCUUCGGCCGCACCUACACCUGCGACGACUGCGGCUUCGUGUUCAGCUGCGAGAAGCUGCUGAUCGAGCACAUCCUGACCUGCACCAACCGCAAGGCCUUCCACCCGGCCCGGCCCGGCGCCGACAAGGCCGAGAGCUCCGCCUCCGAGAGCGCCGAGGAGCACAGGCUCGUCUGCAAGGGCGAGGACGACUGGGCCGAGGCCAGGACCGACUCGGACCUGCCCGUCGGGUCGGUGGCGGCGGCGGCGGCCGGGACCGACAGCGAGCCCGGCUCAACCCGGAGCAUCAAAACGGAACCGGAGGAAAGCCUGUUCUGUGAGAUCGAGAUGGUCCAGGUGGGCGAGCACGGAACCAGAGACUGCAGCUCCCGCCUGAGCGACGGGACUCUGCGAGACUCGCUGAGGCCGAGCCGGGACUCGGAACCCGGAGUGUCGGGUUUGGAGCCCGUGGACGCCCACCCGUCCAGCAGCAACGACUCAGGAAUCCCCUCGAAGCUGCGGCGGGUCAAAGACGAGCGGCCGGACCCCGACUGCUCCCCCUGUGAACUCUGCGGCGCCGUCCUGGCCGAGGAGGACAAGUCCACCCACUACCUGUCCAGCCACAUGGGCCACAUCUGCGCCUGCGGCCGCUGCGGCCAGGUCCUGAUCAAAGGCCGGCAGCUGCAGGAGCACGCCGAGCGCUGCGGCGAGGCCCACGGCGCCGAGUCGGACUCGCACGGCGAGGACGAGGCGUCGCUGCUCGGGGAGGCUCCGGGGAUGGAGGAGGGGCUGCUGGAGGCGGCGGACCUGGCGUGCCCCCACUGCGGCCUGCUUUUCCAGAACGGCAGCCUGGCGCUGGAGCACGCCCUGUCCUGCCACGAGCAGGAGCUGUUCCGGCCCGUCCUCCUGGAGGAGGGGGCCGGCGAGGCGGACCACCGCAGGAAGCACUUCUGCAGCAUCUGCGGGAAGGGCUUCUACCAGCGCUGCCACCUGCGGGAGCACUACACGGUCCACACCAAGGAGAAACAGUUCACCUGUCAGACCUGCGGGAAGCAGUUCCUGCGCGAGCGCCAGCUCCGCCUCCACACCGACAUGCACAAGGGCAUGGCCCGCUACGUGUGUCCCGUGUGCGACCAGGGCACCUUCCUGAAGCACGACCACGUGCGCCACAUGAUCUCCCACCUGUCGGCCGGCGAGACCAUCUGCCAGGUGUGCUUCCAGAUCUUCCCCGGCGGCGAGCAGCUGGAGAAGCACAUGGACGUGCACCUGUACAUCUGCGGCGUCUGCGGCGAGAAGUUCCGGCUCCGCAAAGACAUGAGGAGCCACUACAACUCCAAACACACCAAGAGGCUAUAGAACGUUCCAGAAGAACCGUUCUCCUCGUUCCGUUUUGUUUCUAAGAAGCCAUAAAUGUGAGAACAAAUCAUGCACUUGAACACCAAAAAAGACACCUUCCUAUCUGCACUUUGAAAUAUAUGCAUAACUUAAACAGGUGUUCAGACUGCGGGCAGCGAGGCCGCUGAUUGGUCACUUUGUUAGUGGUGGGCGGAGCCUUGGGUUGAACUCGACAUGGUGCCGGAGCACGGUUUGGAUCGAGCUGUAGAAGCUGCUUUAUUUCUGAUGAAAUCAGAUUUUUAUACAAGUUAAAGCAGAUUUUUAAGAGAGAAAUGAGCAGAAGAUGAAAGUUACCAAGUAAAUCCACCGUAGUUUAGUCUGCAGGUGGAAGGAGGAGGUCUGGACCUGGUUCUGAUCCUGUUGGCAGUUUAACAGAAUCCAAAACCAGUUCAUCCUGGAGUUAACACGGAUCCUGUAGGACCCAGAACCCUCCCCGCACCGCGUUUCUUUCUGUUCGCUUUAAGAGUUCUGCACAGAAGAACCUCGUCUGCGCUGUCAGAACCAAACCUCACGUCUGUAACCGGUCCUCAAACACUUCAGGUCCACAAUAAACGGGUCAGAAACGAGCCGAAAACCCUCUCAGGACCAGUGUCACAGGAGAACCAAUGCUGGUCUCAGAGUCCUGAUCCACAGUCCAGCUCAGAUCCAAACCAGUUCUCAGCCACGUGGCUACAAAACAAUUUCAAAUCGUUUCGAAACCCGUUCAGAACAUUUCCAACCCCAGAACCAGACGGUCCCAAAGUUCUGAGUCUGAACUUGUUAAAAGUUAAAACGAAAGAUUUAAUUAAAACAAACGUGUAAAGUUCAACCAGUAAACAAACCAACCGGGUUCAGAACCUUCAGAAGGUCUGUGUGGAGGAACAGGCCACGCCUACACUACUUUUACAUUGUUAUGGUUUUUUUUUUCUUUGUCCUUGAUUUCAACAAAAACACUGUAAAGAUGAGUUUCUGCAGAAAAACGCCCUGAAGAAACGUCAGAUGUUCUGAUGUCGGAGGAAGAUUCUCCUCAAACUUUAGUGUUUUUUUUUUUUUUUUUUUUGAUGCAUCGAGUUUCACUUCAGGACAUGAUUGUUUGAAACAGGAUGUGGGACAAAAAAAUAGAUCCGUUAGUUUUUGGGUUUUUUUUUUUUUUUUCAUUUAAAGCACAAAAGUUUUUUAUCGAAAGAUGUUUUACAACAAAUCAAAUCACAGCAAACAAAAAAAAUAACAGUUGAAGGUACGAAAUGAAAAAUUGGAAGAAAUAUUAAAAAGAUGUUCAGAAAUGAAACAUAUGUUUCCUAAAAGCUUCGACUUCCUGCAGGUUUUUGGAAAAAUCCGUUGAAAUGUCAGGAGGAGUGAACAGGAAGUGAACGAUGAGCUUAAAUUCUUGCAGGUAAAUUAAAUAAACGGAGCUCUGGUGCUUCUGUUUGCUGCUUUCUAACUUUCCUGGUUUUUUUUAGUGAUUUGUAGUUUGUUUUUUGGGGUUUUGGUGAAACAUCUCAGACUUUCAAAAUAAAACAACUUUCACGCAAACGACUUAAAAAUCAAACUCAAUGUUUUUCCUGCAGAAACCGUUAAAACUAAUUUAGAACCCAAAAAAAUUCCUCAAACUAUAAAACCACUGGUCCAGCUGCCUGACGGAUCAGCACCAACCAGAACCAGAACCGGUCCAGAACCUGCUUGUUGUCCAGCGGCUCAGAAGCUAAAAGCAGUUUGUGUUUCAGAACAUGAGGAGGUUUUUGUUUGUUCGGCCUUUUUUAACCCAAUAAACCAAGUGAUCUUCUGUUUGUGA